AUGCCCUAGUAGAAGAUUCUACGACGGCACCGUGGGGUGGUGCAGAGCCAGACGGGAGCGACGUCGGACGCGCCGGAUCUUCCUCACGGAACCAUGUCGAAGCAAGAAGGAGGCGCCAACGCCUCCUCAUGGGUCGUUGCUUCCCGGCGAAACUCGGCGGUGUCCCGUGCUCCGGAAAGGAGGCCGACGGAGGACCCGAAUCGAAGAGGUCAGGAGGCCGGUAGGGGCAGCAGAGGUGGCGGCUGGAGGAACCCCUCCGGCCUCCAGCAACCUGUGGCCGCUGGCCUCCGAGAACCGCCGCUUUGCUUUGGAUUGAAUAACGUGUGGGUCGGCGCUGUGAUCGGUCGUGGAGGGUCAAAAAUAAAAGACAUCCAAAUUACAACAAACACGAAAAUACAGAUAAUAAAAGGUCACUCAGAAGAAGCGGAGGUCAGAAUCUUUGGCAACAAGGUGAUGCAGGCGAAGGCCAAAACAGUGAUAGAUAAUCUUGUUAAAAAACAAGAAAAUUACAAUUCAAAACUCAGAACUGAUAUUAUUGCAUUCCAACCUUCUGUUGGAAGAGAUGUAAAGACAGAUAAUAAUGUUACAGAGAAUCAGCCAUUGAUUGAUUGGGAUCAAAUUCGAGAAGAUGCUUUGAAAUGGGGGAAAAAAAAGUGGGAAGAUUUACCACCAAUUAAGAAAAACCUUUACGUGGAGUCAGAAGCAACAAGUUCAAUGUCACAAGUGCAAGUAGACAUUUGGAGGAAAGAAAAUUAUAAUAUAAUGUGUGAUGACUUGAAAGAAGGGGAGAAGCGUCGUAUACCCAAUCCUACUUGUAAAUUUGAGGAUGCUUUUCAGUGUUAUCCUGAGGUUAUGGAAAACAUUAAAAAGGCAGGCUUUCAAAAGCCAACACCGAUCCAGUCGCAGUCAUGGCCGAUAGUUUUACAAGGUGUAGAUCUUAUAGGAGUAGCCCAAACUGGAACCGGGAAAACACUGUCCUACUUAAUGCCCGGAUUUAUACACUUGGAUUCACAGCCUGUAAUUAGAGGAAAAAGGAGUGGACCCGGCAUGUUAGUCCUCACACCUACACGCGAGUUAGCACUUCAAGUGGAAGCUGAAUGUUCCAAGACUGCAGUAAGUACCGUGAAACAAAACAUAAUUGUCACCACCGAAGAAGAGAAACGCUCUCAUAUCCAAACUUUUCUAGAAAGCAUGUCUCCCAAAGACAAAGUCAUAGUGUUUGUCAGCAGAAAAGCUGUUGCUGACCACCUAUCAAGCGACCUGAUUCUGCGACAUGUAUCAGUGGAAUCCCUUCACGGUAAUAGGGAGCAGAGUGACCGAGAGAGGGCAUUAGAAAACUUUAAAACAGGUAAAGUAAGAAUAUUGAUUGCCACCGACUUAGCAUCUCGGGGUCUUGACGUCCUUGAUAUCACACACGUCUAUAAUUAUGAUUUCCCCCGGAACAUCGAAGAAUACGUGCACAGAGUAGGGCGCACUGGAAGAGCAGGGAGAACUGGGAUAUCUAUUACUCUUCUCACUAGAAAUGACUGGAGGGUUGCUGGAGAGUUAAUUAAUAUUCUGGAAAGAGCGCGACAGAGUAUCCCAGAGGAUCUUGUGGCAAUGGCCAAGAGGUACGAGGUGAAUAAACUGAAAAAAGAAAUGGAGAAAAAAUUGGGGAAACCCCAAGGAAAACCCCAGAAGUUUUAUUAUUAAUGCCCUUGUUGAAAAGUGGUACCAGCCUCCUGAGAGGAGAUCUCAAGAUAUAUGGAAGUAUGGGAAACAUGCUGGCACUAUGAAGAAAUAAGUGAUUCUUAAAAUAAUAGUGUUUAAAAAUGUAGAA